CCAAGAAACAUUCGAGGACAAGGUUAACACGGGAAAAGGUGUGUCUAUACACAAACUGUGUAACUGUAUUGAAUCUUGGUUUAUCAGUUUACAGCGAGCAACUUUUCCUGCUUCCCAUUUACUCCUAGAAGUUUUCACAAACUGAACGUCAAAUUUAUCCUGCAACUAUGGGUUCCGGAGUCUCCACCAUGCCUUCCGGAAACACUCACAACCAGCUGAAGAUGAAGUACUCGUCUGAAGCAGAGUUUCCCGACCUGACCAAGCACAACAACCACAUGGCCAAAGUGCUCACCCCUGAUUUAUACGAGCGCCUGCGCAGUAAACAGACACCGAGUGGCUUCACGCUGGAUGAUGUGAUUCAGACUGGAGUCGAUAACCCAGGCCAUCCCUUCAUUAUGACUGUGGGCUGUGUGGCGGGAGAUGAGGAGACCUAUGAGGUGUUUAAGGAGCUGCUGGACCCUGUUAUCAAGGACAGACAUGGUGGAUACAAACCCACUGAUAAACACAAAACCGACCUGAACCCAGCCAACCUCAAGGGUGGGGAUGAUCUGGAUCCCAACUACGUGCUGAGUUCUCGUGUGCGAACAGGCCGGAGCAUUCGUGGAUUUUGCCUGCCACCACACUGCAGUCGUGGCGAGAGGAGAGCUGUUGAAAAACUCUCUGUGGAAGCUUUAGGUGCCCUGAGUGGAGAUCUGAAAGGGAAAUACUAUGCUCUGAAAAAUAUGUCAGAAGCAGAACAGCAGCAGCUGAUUGAUGACCACUUCCUCUUUGACAAGCCUGUGUCUCCCCUGCUGUUGGCCUCUGGAAUGGCCCGUGAUUGGCCUGAUGCCAGGGGAAUAUGGCACAAUGACAACAAAACAUUCCUCGUGUGGGUGAAUGAGGAGGAUCACUUGCGUGUCAUCUCCAUGCAGAAAGGUGGCAACAUGAAAGAAGUGUUUACUCGUUUCUGCACAGGCCUCACCAAGAUUGAGGAGCUGUUCAAGAGUAAGGGACAUGCGUUCAUGUGGAACGAGCACCUGGGCUAUGUCCUCACCUGCCCGUCUAACCUGGGUACAGGGCUGCGUGGAGGUGUGCAUGUCAAACUCCCGAAUAUGAGCAACCACAAAAAGUUUAAGGAGGUGCUCAAGAGAUUACGUCUGCAGAAGCGUGGAACAGGUGGCGUGGACACUGCUGCAGUGGACGGUGUGUUUGAUAUCUCUAAUGCUGACCGGCUGGGCUUCUCUGAGGUGGAGCUCGUUCAGAUGGUGGUAGAUGGAGUCAAGCUGCUGGUGGAGAUGGAGAAGCGAUUGGAGAAAGGCCAGGCCAUUGAUGACCUCAUACCUGAUCAAAAGUAACUCCAGCAACUAUCCUUCUACCUCACUCAUCCAAAAUUCCCCUCUUCAUUCCCCCCCACCACAUCCCACUCCUAUGAGAUUAAAUAAAAGGAUGUAUAUUAAAUUUAAGACACCCUUAAUAUGGUGACAAAUGAAUUAAAUGCUCUGCCAGUUUACACCUGUCUAUUGUAUUGUCUCAAAAAUCAGUAGUGGUUGAAGCCAUAACAUAUGGACCUGUUAAAUGAUAUAAAAUCUAACUAUUAUCUGCAAUUGUUUUAAAGUUAACGCUAAAACAAACACAAUUGUAUUUAUCAUAAAUCAGCAUUCACGUUAGCAAUUGUUUAACAUAAGGUAUCUAAAGUGUUCAGAACAUUUGUCAUUCUGGGACGAUGUUGGGCAAUCCCCUCGGUGUAUGCUUGCUUUGAGUGCGCUUGUCUGCCUUCCCACAACCAAGUCAAGCUAAAUCAUGUAUUUUAUAUUCACAACUAUGGGAUAUACCCCUGCACUUUUUAGAAGAAAGGAUGGUUUAUGAAUGAGUAAUGAGUGUAGACUGAAAGAACAAUUUAAGCUAGCAAAUAAAGCCAGUCAUGUACAGCUGAUUUAAUAGAAUCCAUAACUGUGAGCAAUUACAAGUAGCUCUUUAAAAUAUUAGAGCUCUUGAGAGUAUGAGGAAUAGCAACAAUGUAAUAAUUCAAAUCAAAAGGUGCUUUAUUUACAAAUGGGUAAUGGGCAUAAAAUAAAUAAAACUUUUCACUCCGGUCUUGCAGCAUUCACACAGUGAAAGUGAACUCAAACUGGGUCGCUGGAUCACAUUCAAGUACAAGCACAAAACCUUGACAA